UGUUCCUGUCUAUCUCCCAGGGAUGCCGCUGAUGCCGCUCGGGGCUGGCACAGUGUACUCAGCUCCCGGUAGGGCAGCCGCUGGCAGCGCAGCACGACGUGUCACUCCGCCAGCCCGCCACCCAGAGUGAAGGUACCGGCAGCGCCCUCAUCUACACCCCCCAGCGAGGAAGCCGGCGGGCGGCACCCGGAGCCCUCUCCCCGGGGUAGGCAGGAGGUGCAGGGGGGAGAGGAGCUGAGCUCGGGCCGGACUCGCCAUGGAUCUGUCUCCAGGAGGCGACUCGUUAUCCAGCGGACAUGACUUGUUCCAGAGCUUCCAGGACUCCGAGGAGCUGGACUCUCCCUGUACCGGGGGAGGGGGGAUGCUGGAGCGGAUCCUGAUGGAGUCGGUGUGUCAGCAGCAGGGCUGGCUGCGGGUCUACGAUGUGAAAGGACCCCCCACUCACCGGCUGUCAUGCGGCCAGUCGCCAUACACUGAGAGCACCACAUGGGAGAGGAAGUACUGCAUCCUGACGGAAAGCCAGCUGGUGCUCCUGAACCGCGAGGACGAGAUGUCUGCUGAAACCGUACAGGACUCCACUCCAGAAUCUACCAAAAGUCGGAGCCUCCGAAGAACCGUGAGCGUCCCCUCUGAGGGCCAGUUUCCCGAAUAUCCACCAGAGAGUGCCUCAAAGCUGGAGGUGCCAGCCGAGAGGUCACCGCGAAGGAGAAGCAUCUCUGGGACCAGUGCAUCUGACAAGGCCAACUCCAUGGACCCUGCAAACACCUCCCCUUUUAAAGUCCCCGGCUUCUUCAGCAAACGUCUAAAAGGCUCAAUAAAGAGGACAAAGAGUCAGUCAAAGCUGGACAGAAACACGAGCUUCCGCCUCCCGUCGCUGCGGCCCGCGGACAGUGACAGAACACGUGGGUUACCCAAACUGAAAGAGUCCCGUUCUCACGAGUCCUUGCUGAGUCCAGGCAGCGCAGUGGAGGCUUUGGAUUUGGCGUCAGAAGAUAAAAUUUUGGUUAAGCCAUUACACAGCAGCAUACUGGGGCAAGACUUCUGUUUUGAGGUGACGUACUCCAGCGGUAGUAAAUGCUUCAGCUGCUGCUCAGCUGCCGAGAGAGAUAAGUGGAUGGAAAACCUACGGCGAACAGUUCAACCAAACAAGGACAAUUGCCGGCGGGCAGAUAAUGUAUUGCGUCUGUGGAUCAUUGAGGCCAAGGACUUGGCCCCCAAAAAAAAGUAUUUUUGUGAGCUUUGCCUGGACGAUACACUCUUUGCACGCACCACGAGCAAGACGAAAGCAGAUAACAUCUUUUGGGGAGAGCACUUUGAGUUCUACGGUUUGCCCCCUCUGCACAAUAUCACCGUGCACAUCUACAAGGACGUAGAGAAGAAAAAGAAGAAGGAUAAGAACAAUUAUGUCGGGUUGGUGAACAUUCCUAUGGCCAGCGUAACUGGCAGACAGUUUGUCGAGAAGUGGUACCCUGUAAGCACACCUACCAUAAACAAAGGCAAAACGCCGGGACCCUCUAUCCGUAUCAAGUCCCGCUAUCAGACCAUCACCAUUCUGCCUAUGGAGCAGUACAAGGAGUUUGCGGAAUUUAUCACGGUCAACUACACCAUGCUGUGCUCUGUGCUGGAGCCAGUGAUCAGCGUCCGGAAUAAGGAGGAGAUGGCGUGUGCGCUGGUGCAUAUUCUGCAGAGCACAGGAAGGGCCAAGGACUUCCUGACGGACCUGGUGAUGUCAGAGGUGGACCGAUGUGGGGACCAUGAUGUCCUAAUCUUCAGGGAAAAUACACUCGCCACUAAAGCCAUUGAGGAGUAUCUGAAGUUGGUCGGUCAGAAGUACCUGCACGAUGCCCUCGGAGAGUUUAUCAAGGCCCUGUAUGAGUCAGACGAGAACUGCGAGGCUGAUCCCGGUAAAUGUUCUUCUAGCGAGCUCGCCGAGCAUCAGAGCAACUUGAAGAUGUGCUGUGAGCUGGCGUUCUGUAAAAUCAUCAAUUCCUACUGUGUUUUUCCCAGGGAACUAAAAGAAGUUUUUGCCUCUUGGAAACAACAAUGUAUUAAUAGAGGCAAGCAAGACAUCAGCGAGCGACUGAUCAGCGCCUCCCUGUUCCUCCGGUUCCUCUGCCCAUCAAUCAUGUCCCCUAGUCUGUUCGGCCUCAUGCAGGAAUAUCCUGAUGAUCGCACUUCCCGGACUUUGACACUCAUAGCCAAGGUGAUACAGAAUCUCGCCAACUUUGCAAAAUUUGGCAAUAAAGAAGAAUACAUGGCUUUUAUGAAUGACUUCUUGGAGCACGAAUGGGGUGGGAUGAAACGCUUUCUUCAAGAGAUCUCCAACCCAGAUACCAUCUCGAACACGCCGGGAUUUGAAGGGUACAUCGACCUUGGCCGGGAGCUCUCAGUCCUGCAUUGCCUCCUGUGGGAAGUGGUGUCUCAGCUCGAUAAGACUGGACGCAUGCUCCUCUCUCUAACCCCGACACCCGUGCACCUUCUGGAUGACCACCACUCUUCCCUCGUCUCUUCUGGCAUUUUUGUAGGUGAAAAUUCCUUCCUACAGGCCACCGUGGAAAAACUGGGACCGCUUCCACGCAUCCUCGCGGACAUCACCAAAUCACUGACCAAUCCCACCCCCAUCCAGCAACAGCUAAGACGAUUCAGUGAGCACAGCUCCACUCCGAAUGUAAGUGGCAGCCUUUCGUCGGGACUUCAGAAGAUAUUUGAGGAUCCCGCAGACUGUGACCUUCUGAAGCUGAAGUCUCCAACCAUUGAAAAUGCGGAAAACUACUUCAGGGGGAAAACCUUGCUUCUUGUCCAGCAGGCAUCAACGCAAAGUAUGUCUUAUUCUGACAAAGACGAUAGAGAUAAUGUGCUUCCCAAUGGACGCAGCGUGUCCUUGAUGGACCUACAGGACUCCACCGUCACUCACAGUGAGCGUUCCUCUGUUGUUCAAGAGCCACCAUUGCGAUUAACUGGCAGCCAGUUGUCUAUUGCGCACGUAGCCACCAUCAAGCAGUUACGGGACAACCAGGGCACACCGCAAAGUGCUCCACAAGUCAGGAGACCCUUACACCCAGCCUUGAGUCAGCAGAACAGCUUGCAGCCCCUAUCCUUCCAAAACCCUGUCUACCACCUCAACAACCCUCCACCCUCCAUGCCCAAAGCCUCUGUGGACUCUAGUCUGGAAAACCUAAGCACUGCCAGCUCUCGAAGCCAGAGUAACAGUGAGGAAUUCAUCCUCAGCGGACCUAGCAAUAGCAGUAUGGAGGACUUCACCAAAAGGAGCACCCAGAGUGAGGACUUCAGCAGGCGGCACACCAUGCCAGAAAGACCCGUUCCUAUAGCACUGCCACGACAGAAUAGCACAGGGCAAGCCCAGAUCCGAAAGACCGACCAGGCGGCUCUUGGGGCUCGAGCCAAGGCCCCACAGUCUUUGCCACACAGUGCCUCCUUACGUAGCACGGGCAGCAUGUCGGGCAUCUCUGCCACACUGCUUGCUGAGCCUGUGCAAAAUGGGAACCGGUCUAGACAACAAUCAACAUCUUCCCGCGAGAGCCCUGUACCAAAACUACGAGCCGUUCACCGCCAGCAGACCCAGCAGGCCCAGUCACCUGUGGACUCUACCACCAUGUCACCGGUGGAGAGGACGGCUGCCUGGGUGCUGAAUAAUGGUCAGUAUGAAGACGAAGAAGAGGAAACUGCGGACCAAAAUAAGGAAGAAGCAAAACCUGCUGAGAAGUACGAGCAAGAGAUAGCCAAGCUAAAGGAGAAGUUGAAGGUUUCGAGCCGUCGGCUGGAGGAAUACGAGAGGCGGCUCCUGGUGCAGGAGCAGCAGAUGCAGAAGCUGCUAAUGGAAUACAAAUCUAGACUAGAGGACAGCGAAGACCGGCUGCGGCGGCAGCAGGAGGAGAAGGACAGCCAAAUGAAAAGUGUGAUCAGCAGGCUAAUCGCUGUAGAAGAGGAACUGAAAAAAGAUCAUGCAGAGAUGCAGGCUGUCAUCGAUGCGAAGCAGAAAAUCAUUGAUGCGCAGGUCAUUAAUGGGAGUGUAACGCAAACAGGAGAAGAGGAUUAUGUCGCUGGAUGCAGCCAACACCCGCCUGAUGAGCGCACUAACGCAAGUGAAGGAGCGCUAUAGCUCGCAAGUGCGGAACGGGAUCUCUCCAACCAACCCGACCAAGCUAUCCAUAACCGAAAACGGAGAGUUCAAGAACAGCAGUUGCUAGUCUCCCGUCAGGAACUCUGUGCCAUCUCUCCAAUUGCUGCUAAACCAAAUGACUAGCGAGAGUCCAUGGAAGAGUGAUGCCUAACUGCGCCUUUAUGACUGUGGAUGGAUUCCCGUCACGGCGCAUUGUACAUACAGAGUGACUGCAUUGUGUUCUGUACAGAAGAUUGACAUGUAACAUACCAAAUGGAAAUUAAUAAUAUGUAGAAGAUCUUUUUAUAUGUAUAAAAGAAAAAGACAAAAAAUGACAUAUUUUUAUUUGUGUUUAUGUUUCCAUUGACAAGAGUGGUAACUAUCAGAUAAAAGUGUAGUAGACAGAGCUGUAUAUAUCACCCCAAUAUCCACGCACACAAUCGUAAAGGGCAUCUGUCAGCAGUUUUGUACCUAUGACACUGGCUGACCUGUUACAUGUGCACUUGGCAGCUGAAGGCAUCUGUGUUGGUCCCAUGUUCAUAUGUGCCCGCAUUGCUGAGAA